AGCUCGUUCGGUGGAUGAACUGAGGCUGAAGUGGAAGUAUUCCAUGGAUAAACCGGGCACUGCAAUCACUUGUGAGGCAAUGCCAAUGCACGCCUCACUGUGGAACAACUGGACCCUGUCAGACAAAUCGGAAUGCUAAGAACAAUCUGUACCCUACACUUGCUUGUUUGGAGUGGUGCCAUUGUUCCCCUUACCCCAUGUUGCAAGUUUACACCCUGGAGAUCAUUGUCUCUGAUCCUCAUCGUCCCGGCAAACUCGAUAUAUCUGGUUUUGUCGCAAUUAGAGACUUCCGAGAUGUACAACGGAAUUACAUUUUUAACCGGGGAAUGUCAGACACUUUCAUAACCAUAUCAGAUAAUGGUGUGUUGCUGCUGCCAAUGUUGAGACCUCGGAGAGCCAUCAGCUCCACUAUCUUGCUUGAGUUCGACCUGAAGAUGAACAGAACAGGUGACUGUGUUGAUAGUUACCAGCCGUUGAUCCAAGGAGUGUCAGAGCACCCUUCAGGUGGGCCUGAUUGGUCCAGAGUUAACAAGUUGUCCAUUCGAUGUGAUGGCGACCGCUCAAUUCCAAUGAUGCAUGUGAAGCUUGCCGUGAUAAUGGAUGGCGUCGAGGCCACCGUCGAGCUCCGGGCACUCAAAUUACCUUCCCAGGGCAUCGACCUGCGCUGCGCGGCACGGAUUGGCUGGGUAGGCGACGAUAUCGCGCUCUUUGACGGCAGAUACGGUGGCAAUUAUCCACCGUUGCGGUUUGUGGUCGCGACAGAGCUGCACGGCAACAUGGAGAUCCACUUGGAAGGGAUCUUCGAUGGCGUGAGCAAGAGGUGGAGUGUCGGGUUUGUGCCCAAGUUCCAUGCGCUCUUCUCCGAAGUGGUGGAUCUCUCGUUUGCCCAGAUCUCGCUAAGUGUUGCCUGGUCCGAAGAGAGCAACUUCCCAACCUAAGGUCCAACUGAUCUUUGACUACUAGCAAGUCUGUGUGUUUAUUUUGCCAUGCAAAGACUCCCCGAUUAUUGAAGUGGUUAUAUUAUACUAGCUAGGAAUAAUUAUGUGCUCUACUUAGCUGUCCAAGUCAAGAGAAGUAGAGAACCCAAUCAGGUCAGCAACCUAGCAUAGAUUGCAUCAGGUGUAAAGAUAGGCUGGUGUGGUGGAGAAUAUGCAACUGUCAGCAUCUUUCAUCAUUCAGUAAGCUGUCUGAAUCUUCAGCCUCCACUUAUAGGUGUCAAUUCCAUCAGUUAAGUGCAAAAGCAGUAUCUUCAAAUCUCAACCGUACAAAGCGGCAUCCGACAACUGAUAUUCAAUUACCUAACGAUGAAUUAGCAACUUUGCAUCAGGUGCAAAGAUAGGCUGGUCUGUUGUAGGAUAUGUGAAGCUUGAGGACGCAUAUGUCACUUCUUGUCAGUUUAUUUAUAAAUUGUAUGGCAGCUGAAUGUCUUAGCUUCUUGUUGGCUGGAUGAAUGGCAUGGAAUAUACAACAGAACUUGCUAGAUUUUGAUGCCUGCUUCUAGACUA